AACCAUUGUGUACCUUAUUAGGGCUCAGUAGCUCCAACUGUUUUCAGUUUAAGAAGAUGGACGGAAGUUGUUUACAGUUCGAAGAAAACCCAAUUCAAGAUGCUAUUUCCAGAAUUCGCUUCGCCCCAGCAUCCAACAAUCUCCUUAUCUCUUCCUGGGAUACUAAUCUUAGAUUGUACGAUGUGGAUCGAUCUAGGUUAAUUUUUGAUGCUUCCGGGGAAGCUGCGCUGCUAGACUGUUGUUUCCAAGGGGAGUCAGCUGCUUUCAGUGCUGCUUCUGAUUGUUCCAUAACUAGGUACGAUUUGCAUUCAGGAAUGAGAGAAAACUUUGGAAAUCAUGAUGAUUUAGCAACUUGUGUUGAAUAUUCUAAUGAAACAGGUCAAGUUGUGACUGCAGGGUGGGACAAAAAGAUAAAAUGUUGGGAUUCAAGGUCAACAAAGACUCUUACUGCUGUAAAUACUGUUAAUACAGGGGUCAAAUCUAUAUCCCUAUGUGGAUUUGCUUCAAUGGUUGCUGUUGGGGAUUCAGUAAAUAUAUAUGACUUACGCAAAUUCAACAAAUCAUUUAAUAGCAAAUGUGUAGAAAUUCAAAUCGAGUGUGUUCGCCCUUAUCUAGACCAAGGAUUUGCAGCUGGAUCAACUGAUGGACGUGUUGCAUUGAAGUAUUUUAAUCCAUCUGAUCAAAACAACGAUGGAUAUGCUUUUCGAUGUCAUCCAAAGGCAAAGAGAGCAAGGCAUAAUUUUGCAGCUGUGAAUGAUAUUGCAUUUAGCCCAUCGACUUAUGGCGAUUUUGUCACGGGUGAUAAUAAAGGUUAUGUCACAAUAUGGAAUGCUCAAAGUAAAAAGAGAGUUUAUGAGAUGCCAAAAUUUGAAAAUAGUAUCGCCUCUUUAUCAUAUAGCCAUGGAGGACAAUUUCUGGCUGUUGCUUCAAGUUACACUUACAGAGAAGAAAAUGAAUUGGAAAUGCCUCCAAGGAUAUACAUACAUGAAAUGGAUGACAAAUACAUUGCUUCCUUUUCAACCGGAAGUUCAAAAUAGGCCAUUUUUCCUAUUGUGGUGAUGUGGUGAUUGUCCCCACACAUUGUUUUAACCAAUCAUUGUAAACUAAAAUAACUAACAAGUAUUUAUGUUGUUUGUAAUCUUUGUAGUACUUUUUAAAAGUUAGC